AUGCCUCAUGCAACCAUGACACAAACCACUUCAGUCACCUAUCUCGAUACAGAGGCAACUCCUAGAGUAAAACCUACCAAUCCUGUCAGAAUCCCAGAGUUUUCGAAGGUAGUUCCAGCUCCAAGUAUGACAUCCAUCCUCGUUUCAAUCCUCAACGACAUCACCGUAAAUGUUUUCACCGCUGGAUAUGCCGCCGUCUUGGUCCUGGCAUACACUUUCAAUCUGGCUUUUUUUGUCGUCAUUGCUGUUGGAAUGGUGUUGCCGAAUUGGGUCUACUCGAAGAUGUGUCCACCUAAGCCUAUCGAGGUCAAGAAGAUGGGGAAUGAAGUCUGUGAUGAGGAGGAUAUUUUGGAUUAUGAGUUGGAUGUCAAGGAGGAGGUGAAGAAUAAUGGCUCGAAGAUCAAGAAAGAGGGACCAAAGAAGGCAGGUUUUACCGAUGUCCUCAAAUUUUAUCUCGAGUGUACUGACGGUUUGCUUGAUAGAAUCGGGAUAGGAUUAUGA